AUGAGCGAGCCUCUCCCAUCGUCUUUUGAAGAACAUCCUCAGUUCCAAGAGGAGACUUCGCUCCAAAAGUUCCGCAGACGUCUCAAGGAAGAGCCUCUGAUCCCGCUAGGAUGUGCUGCCACUUCCUACGCACUGUACCGGGCCUACCGGUCGAUGAAGGCCGGCGACUCCGUCGAGAUGAAUAAGAUGUUCCGUGCUCGUAUCUACGCCCAAUUCUUCACCCUUAUCGCCGUGGUCGCCGGAGGAAUGUACUAUGGUAGCGAGCGGAAGCAACGGAGGGAGUUCGAGCAGAUGGUAGAGGCACGCAAGAGCCAGGAAAAGCGGGACGCUUGGCUGCGCGAGUUGGAGAUCCGUGAUAAGGAAGACAGAGGCUGGCGGGAGCGUCAUGCGGCUAUUGAGGCCGCGGCAAACGAGGCCGCAAAUGCUAAGAAGUCUUUCCCUGAGCAGGAUGCUGCUCGCUCUGCUAUUGAGCCAUCCGAACAGAAGCCAAUUGGGGUACUAAGUGCUGUGAAGGAGUUGUUGUCGAGGCAGUAA